UGACCCCAGCACUGCCACGCAGCAGGAUCGCCGAUCACUUAGCCCUAGGCCAUGUAGAAAAGCCCAUCUUCCCCAGAUCCUAUCUAAUCCUCGAAUCCACGAAGCCCAGUCUAUGAAACUACACAGCAGAAUGACCUCCUGCACGCAAAAAACAUUCGUACCAAGCUUGUUUGGCCUGUUCGGCCUCGCCGCCCUCACUGCAGCAAUAUGGCCAUACUUUAGGCUCCCCGCUGACCCCAGGUCGGCCCGGGCCUACCACACGCGUCUCCAGGCGGCGCUGUGGCUCAUACCCUCGGCCUUCUGGCUGUACUCGGCAUACACGAUGCGCCCGGGGGCGCAGAUAUGUCACAACGGGAGAAUGAUGGAUCGGGACAAGCCAGGGCUGUACGAUGCCAUUGCUUUUGGCUUACUCUGCGCCUACUGGACCUGGUUGGCGAGGCUGAGGUCGUCCUGGGGCGUUGGCCGCAGGGUCGAUGUGCUGGGGGCUGUGCUAGGGUCCUCGGUUGUUUCUUUGCUUUUGUUGACAUUGGACGCCAAUAUAACCUUCUAAGUUAGGGUCAAGGGCAUCUAAGGCUAUCUCUCAUGUAAAAUUGUGCAUACAAAUUACUAAGACCUCUCACAAAUUGAUAAAGAAAGGAUCGCGAGUAUUAGGGCCUAUACUGAGAAAAAGAAAAUUCAUGAUUAAGCUCUACCGCUCUCGUCCCGCACAU